AUGUUCACUUUCGAAGGAAAGGAUUCGAGAUGUUGCUUGAAAUCUGUCUUGGAGAUUCACAGUCCUCAGUUUUACUGGAAGGUUGUGACACAGGCAGAUUUAGGACUUGCUGAUAGUUAUAUCAAUGGAGAUUUUACGUUUGUUGACAAGGAAACAGGACUUUUGAAUCUGAUCAUGAUUCUCAUUGCUAACAGAGAGUUGAACUCAAAUCUUGCUAAGAAAAGGGGAUGGUGGACACCGAUGUUUCCGACUGCUGCUAUAGCAUCUACAAAGAACUUUCUCAAACAUGUCUCUAGACAGAACACUUUAACUCAAGCUAGAAGGAACAUUUCUCGUCACUAUGACCUUAGUAAUGAGCUUUUUGCUUUAUACUUAGGUGAUACAAUGACUUAUUCCUCAGCAGUAUUCAAGUCAGAUGAUGAAGAUCUAACAACUGCACAAAUGAGAAAAAUAUCUCUUCUCAUUGAUAAGGCGAGGAUAGAGAAGAACCAUGAGGUUUUAGAUAUUGGAUGCGGAUGGGGAACUUUAGCCAUAGAAGCUGUAAGAAGAACUGGAUGCAAAUACACUGGCAUUACACUAUCUAGUGAACAACUUAAGUAUGCUGAAGAUAAAGUGAAAGAAGCUGGACUUGAGGAUCGGAUUAAGUUUGAGCUUUGUGAUUAUCGCCAACUAUCUGAUGCUAAAAAAUAUGAUAGGAUUAUAUCAUGCGAGAUGCUAGAACAUGUUGGACACGAGUUCAUGGAGACAUUUUUCAUUCACUGUGAAGCUGCUCUUGCAGAAAAUGGCAUUUUUGUCCUGCAGUUCAUAUCAAUGCCGGAAAAGCUUUACGAUGAGAGCAGGCUAAGUGCAGGUUUCAUAACGGAAUACAUAUUCCCUGGUGGAUGUAUUCCUUGUUUAGCUAGAGUUACUUCAGCAAUGGCCUCUUCUUCUAGGCUAUGGUAA